ACGUCAUCGUUGCAAUUCAGGUGAAUUGUCAAAUGGUCGAAGAAAUCGUUGCGAGUAUUAUUUUCUCCAGCAGAAGCUCCAAUUUUCAAAGUUGUUUAUCAGUCUGUUAUUGGAUAACACUGCUCUAAAAAUGCUAUCGGUUUGUAAACAAACAUUGUCGCAGUCUCUUCAAAGGGCUAGUGCAAGAAGUCUUGGAUCUGUAGUGCCUGAACUAAGAGUAGAAAAUUUCGAUGUUAAAAACGAACCCGUUUUGGGGUACCUCAAAGGCUCUUCUGAGAGGACCGAGCUGGAGAAAUCACUUCAGGAAACAGCGAGUCAAACUGAAGAAAUUCCUAUUGUUAUAGGCGAGAAAGAAAUCAAAACUGGUGAUGUAAGAUAUCAGGUGAUGCCUCACGACCACAAAAAGAAACUAGCCAAAUUUUACUAUGCAGAUGCAAAACUAAUAAAGCAAGCUAUUAAUGUUGCCACCGAAACUCAGAAGAAAUGGGACAGGACUCCCAUUUCUGAAAGGUUAAAAAUUUGGGAGAAAGCUGCAUCUCUUAUGGCGGGCAAGUACCGAUCAAAAUUGAAUGCAGCGACCAUGUUGGGUCAAGCUAAAACUGUUAUUCAGGCUGAAAUCGACGCUGCUGCUGAACUGAUAGACUUUUUUAGGUUGAAUGCCUAUUUUUUAAAGGAGGCCACUAAAUAUCAGCCUAUAUCAGAGAAUCCGAGGGAAACAAAAAAUUCAAUGCGUUAUAGAGGGUUAGAGGGUUUUGUAGCCGCUGUGUCGCCAUUUAAUUUCACUGCUAUUGGUGGUAACUUGGCUUACACUCCCGCUUUGAUUGGUAAUGCUGUGCUGUGGAAGCCGAGCGACACCGCCAUUCUGGCGAACUGGGUGAACUUCAAAAUUUGCCUGGAAGCGGGAGUUCCGCCAGGAGUUGUCAACUUCGUGCCGGCGGAUGGACCAGUAUUCGGUGACACUAUAACAGCGUCACCCCAUUUGGCCGGCGUGAACUUCACCGGAAGUGUACCGACGUUCACGCGUAUCUGGAAGCAAGUGGGCGAGAACAUUGGCAAGUAUAAAAAUUUCCCGAGACUGAUUGGAGAGUGUGGUGGCAAGAAUUACCAUUUCGUCCAUCCGAGUGCUGACGUGCCAACAGUGGUGAACGGCACCAUUCGGAGUGCGUUCGAAUUUUGCGGCCAAAAGUGUAGCGCUUGCAGCCGUAUGUACGUGCCGGAAUCUCUAUGGCCGAAGAUCAAAGAGGGCCUGUUGGAGAAACGGGCGAAGUUGAAGAUCGGGGAUCCGACGGAGUACGACAGCUUUACGUCGGCGGUGAUCGACGACAAGGCUUUCAAAAGGAUCUCCGGCUACAUCGAACAUUCCAAGAAAUCUCCCAACUUGGAGAUUCUGGGAGGUGGCAAGUACGACGACAGCAAGGGCUACUUUAUCGAGCCUACCAUUGUUCAGACCAAGGACCCACACGAUAAGAUCAUGAAGGAGGAAAUUUUCGGGCCUGUCUUGACCAUCUACGUCUACAAGGACGGUCAAGUUCAGGAAACUCUGGAUCUCGUCGAUAACACGACGCCGUUCGCCUUGACCGGUGCAGUAUUCGCCCAAGACGAAAACUUUCUGAAAAGUGCAAUCGAACACCUAAAAUUCUCAGCGGGCAAUUUCUAUGUGAACGAUAAGUCGACGGGAAGCGUCGUGGGUCAACAACCAUUCGGCGGUGCUAGGCUCUCAGGCACAAACGAUAAAGCCGGAGGUCCUCAUUAUGUGUUGCGAUGGGGCAACCCGCAAGCGAUCAAAGAAACGUUCGUUCCUUUAAAGGAUAUCGAGUAUCCGUACAUGAAACAAUAAAGCGAUUGCGCAGUAAUAAUGUGAUUGAACCCGAAAUAUCUCACUACGUAAGUUAUUAGUUAUUUUUAUCCUUAAAGUUUCGGCACUAAAAAGUAUUACCUAGAAUAAUUAUUGUAAUGUGCUUGGACGUUGUAAAAGUCAAUAAACUUAUUUAUUAUCGGGUAUCACGAAGAGGAAACGUUCGGAAAGUCCGAUAAGUGUAAGUUAAAUCCUAAGUCAGUGCCGUGCGCUAUUAAACUAAAAUGUAACGGCCCAAAAUGUUAGUUUAGCCUGAAAAAAAACUUGACAAUACUAAAUUUAAUCGGUACAUACAUUUUUAUAAUAUAUCUUUUUGUUUUGAGAGGAUCAAAUUGAUUAUUUAUGUGAUAGGUUGUCAGAUUGUAAGUUUUAAUUUCUUUCGAAGAAAUCCCUAAUGUUCAAUCUAAUAUAGAAGAUUUGUUGUUUUCUGUUUCUCCUUUUUGUAACAAACUCAUCUAGUUGUUAAACUCAGAAACCUUGUAAGAUUUUCAUUAGCAAUAAAGUGCUUUGUUGUUAA